AUGAAGGUUAUGUCACUGGGUACUUGUCGUUGUACUAUGCUUGGGCUGUUGAUGUUGCUCUGUAUCAGUGUCGUAAAUGCAAACUUCAUAGAUGGAAGAGAAUUUCAGCCUAGAAAUGAACGUUCUAUAACCUACAAGUAUGAUCGAAUCGAUGAGGCGAAAAGAGAGUGUGCCCUUGUUUUGAAUUCUGCUUCUGAAUUAAAACCUGAUGAUAAUAGAGUGUAUAUCAUCAAAGAAGAAUUGUCUUUUAUGAAUGGAGAUUGGUGGCAGAUAUCCAAGGGGGCUCCACUAAUGCCAUUUGAUGAUAGAGAUCUUCCAAAGAACUCAUCAGAUGUCCGAUCUCCUUUGAACUUGGUUUCUUUUUGGGUUAGUGAUGUUAAUCGUGCUCAUCAGUCCAAGAAUUCGGUCAGUCUCAGUGGUGUUCUGCUGAUGGGCAUAACCCUAGAGGGCUUGUAUAUGCGUGAAUCGGAUGGGGGAAGUCCUCAUUUUGAUAUAUGGCCCUCUUAUUCUCGACUUUCUGUUUCUUUUCAAGGCAUUUACACUGAAUCGAAAAAUGAUGGGGAAAGAGUAAUGUGUCUGUUGGGGACGGCAAUGUUGCCUUCUCGUCAGCCUGACUCUAGUGAUCCAUGGGAUUGGGUAAGGGUAUCUGGUGAGAUAAAUCAGCCGCCUCUUUUGCAAGAUGAUCAAAUUUUGCUUGUUCUCCGUUACCCUAGGACAUUUACCUUGACAAACAGAGCUAUUCGAGGAACCAUGAAAAGUCUUAAUCCAAAAUCAAAUCAUAAGUACUUUGAUGAAGUCUACAUAUCUUCUUGGUUAGGUACUUCUGCAAACUAUGAAUUUGGCUCUGAAAAGAUUGUCUCUAAAGCCUGCAAUCCAUAUCCAUAUCAAGAUAACUUCACUAGUGUUGGCAUUGAGAUAUAUAAAGGGCUCGACUUUUGUGAAAUACUUGAGCGGUUUACUCAGCAACAAGCUUUGACUAUUGUGCCAAACUGGAGAUGCAAUGGCACUGAUGAAUUUUGCAGCAAGUUGGGUCCAUUUGUGUCUGAUAAGGAGAUAAAAGCCACAAAUGGGAGCUUCAAAGAUGUUAAACUUGUCCUUCACGAUGUUCGAUGUGAGAAAAUGACUUUUUCAGAGAAUGAGGGCUUUACAAGGGUUUCUGCCGUGUUUGCAGCAGUUCCACCAUUUGAGAGUCAUUUCAUUGCAGCACAGAGGACUGGACUUAAUAACAUGACUGUUUCCGCAGAGGGAAUCUGGAAAUCUUCAAGUGGGCAGCUUUGCAUGGUUGGUUGCCUGGGAUUUUCUGAUUCAGAAAGCAAAGCUUGUGAUUCUCGGAUUUGUUUGUAUGUUCCUCUCUCAUUUUCCAUAGACCAACGAAGCAUUGUUCUGGGGACAUUUUCAAGCAUUCAUGAGAGCAACAGAUCGUACUUCCCUCUAUUUUUUGAAAAGCUGGUGCGGCCUAUGGAGCUUUGGGAUCAGUACAGUGCUGCUCAUCCAUACUACAAAUACUCAAAAAUUGAUUCAGCUGGUGCAGUCCUUGAGAAAAAUGAGCCUUUCAACUUUGGUACUGUAAUUAAAAGAUCAUUGCUGAAGUUCCCCAAAAUAGAAGAUGCAGACUCGUUUCUUGUUAGUCUUUCGCUUCUCUCAGAAGAUCUCACACUUGAUGUAUCUGUUGUUCCUGAUCCAAUUCCUCGUUCUCUUCCCCCAAACACCUAUGUUCAGAUGGAGAUUCUUGCACUUGGGCCCUUGUUUGGACGCUACUGGGCUUUGAGAAAUGGUUCCAACACAGAAGAGGAGACACCUUACCAUGCCAAGGCCGAAUACAAUGAAAAACAGCUCCUCUUGAAUGUAUCAGCUCAACUCAGUCUCAUUGGAAUACCCUACAGCAAUUUCUCCGUGCUUUUCCUAGAGGGCCUUUAUGAUCCACUUGUUGGAAAAAUGUAUCUAAUUGGUUGUAGGGAUGUUCGUGCAUCGUGGAAGAUCCUGUAUGAAAGCAUGGACCUUGAAGCUGGAUUAGAUUGUUUAAUUGAAGUGGUCAUGAGCUAUCCCCCCACGACAUCCCGGUGGUUAGUCAAUCCAGCAGCUAGGAUAUCCAUAUCUAGCCAAAGGAAUGAAGAUGAUCCGCUGUAUUUUAGAUCAAUCAAGCUCCAAACUCUCCCAAUCAUGUAUAAGAGGCAACGGGAAGAAAUUCUGUCUCGCAGAGGUGUUGAGGGGAUCCUCCACAUUCUGACACUUUCGGUGGCUAUUGCUUGCAUUUUGAGCCAACUCCUUUAUAUCAGAGAUAAUGUGGAAUCUGUUCCGUACUUAUCCCUUGUGAUGCUAGGUGUCCAAGCUCUUGGGUAUGGCCUUCCGCUGAUCACUGGUGCGGAAGCUCUUUUCAAAAAGUUGGCUUCUGAAUCUUAUGGAAGCCCAUCUUAUGACCUUGAGAAGAGUCAGUGGAUCCGUAUGAUUGAUUACACAGUGAAGCUUCUUGUACUGUUCGCAUUUUCACUCACUAUGAGGCUCUGUCAGAAGGUGUGGAAAUCCCGUAUCAGAUUACUUACACGGACCCCUCUUGAACCACAUCGUGUCCCAAGAGACAAGUGGGUAUUUCUCACUACCUUGACCAUACAUUCCAUUGGGUAUAUAACAGUUCUCAUUAUCCAUUUAGUAAACACCAACCAGAAGCCCCUUCAGACCGAAAAAUAUGUUGACGCAAGAGGGAAUUCCCAUACACUUAGAGAGUGGGAAACUGAACUUGAGGAAUAUCUGGGUCUUGUUCAAGACUUCUUCCUGCUUCCUCAAAUUGUUGGCAACUUAAUGUGGAGGAUCCAUAGUAAACCACUCAGGAAUAUGUAUUUUAUUGGGAUAACAGUGGUGAGACUUCUCCCUCAUAUUUAUGAUUACAUAAGAUCCCCAAUUCCCAAUCCGUACUUCUCAGAGGAAUACGAGUUUGUGAACCCGCGUUUGGAUUUCUACUCCAAGUUUGGGGACAUUGCGAUCCCUGCAACUGCAGUUUUCCUUGCAGUUGCAAUAUUUGUGCAGCAGAGGUGGAAUUAUGAGAAGCUUAGUCAAACUCUUUCUUUUGGCAAGAGUAAGUUUCUGCCCCUGGGAUCCAGAGUAUAUGAGAGGUUACCUUCUGUAUCUGUUGAAGCUGAGCUUGUUUCUGGGGACAAUAAAAAUGGCCUGCAUGAGAAAGAGCAUAAUGAAGAAUGA